AUGAAAGUUUUAAUUUUUUUCGUUGUUUUUUUGGUUGCACAUAUUAGAUCACAAUAUGUAAAUGUUUCCUUAUCAGGUUCAAGUGUUAUAAUUCAAACUGGUGUCUGUCAAAACCAAGUAAGCCAAUUUCCAACCAUCUACGAAUGCCAAGGAGCCACUAUUUCUGCUGACAUAUAUCAACAAUCGAUAACAGGAGGCUGUACUGGUGAAUCAAUAAAAACCAUCAUCUACGGCAAUGGAGGUCUUUACGAUGGAGUCUAUUAUCAAUGCCAAUCUGAUAUCAACUAUCCAGAUGGUGAUUUUAUUGUCAGUUCAAUUUUCGAUGAGAAAUGUGAAAAUGUUACCGCACAAAUUAUAAAUCCAUCAGGUGUUUGCUACUAUAGCGAUUUACUUAAUUCUACUUUUAUUAGUUAUCCACAAUACUAUGCUGUAUCAAAAUGCCUCAGUUCAACAGAAGCAUUUUUAACAACUUUUAACGAAUUAAACUGUCAAGAUCCAAAUUAUACCGAAUUACAAACUAUUGGACAACAAUGUACACCAGACAAUCAAUUUGUUCAAAUAUGUUAUAUAAAAUAA